UGCAAGAUGCAUUGUCUUUAAUGAUGUUAUCUGUGGGAAGGUGGAAACAACUUUUUUUGUAUUGCACAAUUAAAUGCUAGAACGGUAUUUUCAUUUUGAAAUGAAAAAGGAAUUUUCUCCAAAAAAAAUUAUUCACAAAUUGGCAUUUUUUGAAAGUGACUAGACAUAACAGGAAAAUAACAAACUAUUCUUACACUUACCACCAGACUGGCUAGGAGUCGAAAAUGUCUGUGACUUACUUAAAUGUAUUUGUUCGUCACUGAAUCUUUUUUUAAUCAUGCAAUGAUAGUUUUGGUACAAAACAACAAGAAACUUGUUCUUCUGAGCGCUUGCGUGAGGAUCAAAUACUGUGACUUGUACCUACUUAAGACAUUGUCUUUUUUGUUCUGUGUUCAUACAGUGCUUAGCGCAAUGGGCCCUAGUUCACUAGUAGGGCUCCUGUGUGCUAUGCCGAUGAUGAACUACAUAUUAAGGCAAAAUUACUUACUCUUGCAGUAUGUGCUCAGAAGAGGGGAGCAGAAGCAAUUUAGAUCCACUUAAGGUCUCUUUGUAAUUCCAGAUCGCUGUAAAGAAGCCCUACCAUAAAUAAGAAUGAUACCUUCAUUUAUUAGUGAAUACCAGAGAGGUCAUUAAAAUAAUAUUAAAGCUCUUGCCUGAACUAGUAUAAGUCAAAAACUGAUUUGUAAAGUAGAAGUGACAUGCUUUGGUACUCUUUAAAGCAUUGCAAUUCAACUUGAACGGGUGAAUUAAGGAUGAUGUACAGCAUGAAUGUCCUACUUUGUCAGCUUAUAUGACGUCUGAAUGUUCUUUAUAGUUUUAUGGCUUUACAUUCCUUUUUUAAUACCUGCUCAAGAAUAGAAAAGCUCUUUGAGGGUGUGUUUCAAAUUUAUUUAGUGCCAGUUUAUCACUCUUUUGGAUUAGCAGUCAUGCAGGAAUUUUUUCAAAAUGAUUUCUGUUUUCAGGAUUCUAGAUUUAUUUUUAUGACAGUUUCUACAGUAUUUUGUUGUCUGUGAAAUUGCUAUUUUUUCUUAAAAUCAUACUGAAAAAUAUUCAAUUAGAUGCUCAGGAAAAUUUGUAGAAAUCAAGUAAAAUUCUGAAGAUGUAGACAGGUUUCCAGAUCUUUGAGGUGAAGUCAGUUUUCCAUUAAAAGAGUAAGGGGAACAGGGAAGGACUUUUUUGUGGAGAAAAACAAUGACAUUAUGUAUAAUGUUUGUUAUUUUAAAGUAUGUAAUCAGGUGAUCAGAACAGGGAAACUAAUUUUAUUAUUUUAAAUUACUUAUCCAUUUCAUGGACUAUUCUAAUAGUUUGAUUACAGAUCAGGUCAUGAUUCAGUAAGUUGCUUAAGUGUUUUCCAAAUUUAAAGAAAUUGGUAGUUUCACUGUUGUCUUCAAGUACUGUUUGUAUGCUUAGAGUUUAGGUACAUACUUAAGUACUUUUCUGAGCUGAGGACCCUGAUUCAUCUACCGCUUAAAUACGUUCUUAAUGCCACCCCUAUUAAAGGAGGUAUUUAAGCUUAAAGAUAUUUAAAGAUAAAUAUAUAUUUAAGUUUUUUCUGAAUAGGGAUUGCUUAAGUCUAUGCUGAAGUUAUGCAUGUGCUUAAGUACUUUGAGCCAGGACCUAAAUUAGUGUACAAUAUUACUGUUCUAGGCCCCGUUGCUGUACAUUUUUUUCACUUAUGAGAUCACAUUGACUUCUGUGGGCUGUUGUACAGGUGAUAGGGUAAUUGCAGGAGAAGGUCUUUGCAAGAUUAGGGUCUUACUGAUCUGUUAUAUGGACCGUUAUGAUUUCAAGAAGUCAAGUAUGUAAUUGUGUGUCUACUUUGCAUGCACAAAUACUGUGGAUAUAUGUUCAGAUAUCUGUUAAGUUGCAUAGCUGGGAAUUUGUGCAAGCAAAUAUUUACUUCCCAUGAACACGUAAGCAAAUCAGAUAUACGUACCUACAUUGCAUGUCUGACUUAAAAUGAGGCCAGUAAAGCAUUGAUGACUUGAAUUUAUGCAUUUUUUUUAAAUUAUGGAAGAAGUUAUUUUGCAGUUAAUUUUCAGGGCACUAAUAAUUUGAUUUUAUUUUUCUCUUUUAGAAAGCAAAAUGGCUUGGUCUCUUAUGUGUUAUGGACCAAAGUCUUCAAAAUUUAACUAAAAAUAAAAUAAUGUGUUUGUUUAACAGGACUGCAGCAAAAAUGCAUUUGGAACUGUGCUCUUAUUUUUUUCUGUUCUACACAUUACAUUGCAUUGAUUUUGUUUUGUAUUUUUAAUAUAUCCAACUCAAACUCAAAUAUGCAUCUGGGCUGCAAAUUGUAAUGCAGAUUCUUCAAAGUGUUCUUUUUGCUGUAUGACUCCUGUGAGCUGUAAUGGGAACUGUACUGCUGAAACUUUGCACCAUGCUUUGAAAAAUUACCUCCCAUUUUACUUUUUGAUUAGGAGUAUUUUUGUAUAUAUUAAUAACAACCCCCCAGUCUGUGCAAAUGAACUGUAACAGCAGAAGGGUACUGUUACAGAAUUUGUGUUAAAAGCCAAGACCUAUUUAUAUUUUCUUAUUGUAAAAUAAAAAAAAAAUAAAAAAAGCUAAUUCCUAUUAGUAAUAUGCAUGAGGUAAUGUAUGGGGGCUGAAUUGGAUAGAGCGGUUACUUUGGUAAUUUGGAACAGAUUAAGCAGUCCUUAGGUCCCAAGUACGAUUAGAAGUUCUGUUUUGUUUUUUUUAAUCUCAUUGUUUAGGUUUUGUUGCGAUUUUAAAUCCCUUAAAUUAGAAAUCAGUAUCUUGGAAAAUGCAUCUUGGAAAUUUUCAUGUUAAAAUAGUAGCAUGACCUGGAGAAUUUUAAAUGUGUUACAGCUGCAGUAUAAAUUCUGAGGGAAGCUUAGUACACUAGGAAGGAAAUGAAAAUUGAGCAGGUAUCUUGGUAAAUUUAUAAUUUACUUUAAAGUUCCAUUUAACUUCAGAUGACUUAGACUCAGAAACUGUCCAGCUCCAGUGUUGUUUUUCCCCUAUCUUGAUUCCACGUGCAUUAUAGAAUUUGUGUGGAGUCUCUGGAUUUUUUUUUUCUCAUCCAAACUGGGUAGCAUUAGCAGAAGAUCAGAGGCAGGUGUCAGUUAACACGUACUUGUUUUUUUUCUUUUUUUCCUUUUUUCUUUCUUUCUUUUUUUGACUAAUUUGGUUAUUUGCCAUUUCUGGGGAUUAAACUUUAAAAAAUGUUCUUCUUUUCUGUAUCUGAUGUUCUGUGUGCUAUUAGUGAUGCAGCCAACACGAACGGUUGUCAUGUGUAAAACAACUUUCGAUCACCGUGAAAACACCGCCCUGGGAAAGCGUCCAUGCUUGAUAUCGUUUGGUUCAUGAACAUUAAGUUUCCAGUACAGGUAAAAUCCCAGAUGAAGCCAAAGCCCUUUCUUUAUUGGCUCCUGCUCCUACUAUGACAAGCCUGAUGCCUGGCGCAGGGUUGCUUCCUAUACCAGCACCAACUCCUUUGACCACUCUUGGUGUUUCACUUGGUACCUUGGGAGCUAUUCCAGCAGCAGCUUUGGACCCUAACAUUGCAGCACUUGGAGAUAUUCCACAGCCACCAAUUAUGGGAAAUGUGGAUCCUUCCAAAAUCGAUGAAAUUAGGAGAACAGUCUAUGUUGGAAAUCUGAAUUCCCAGACUACAACAGCAGAUCAACUUCUUGAAUUCUUUAAGCAAGUUGGAGAAGUCAAGUUUGUGCGAAUGGCUGGUGACGAGACGCAGCCAACACGGUUUGCUUUUGUGGAAUUUGCAGAUCAAAAUUCUGUACCUCGAGCUCUUGCCUUUAAUGGAGUUAUGUUUGGAGACAGGCCACUGAAAAUAAAUCAUUCCAAUAAUGCAAUAGUGAAACCUCCUGAAAUGACACCACAGGCUGCUGCCAAGGAGCUGGAAGAAGUGAUGAAGAGAGUAAGGGAAGCCCAGUCUUUCAUAUCUGCAGCUAUUGAGCCAGAGUCUGGAAAGAGCAGUGAAAGAAAAGGCGGUCGAUCUCGUUCGCAUUCUCGUUCAGAAUCCAGGUCUAGUUCAAAAUCGCGAUCUAGAAGGAAAAGAUCACACUCAAAACUCAGGAGCAGAUCUCGCAAUAGAUCACUCUCUAGACACAAGGAUAGACGCCGUUCUAGAAGUCCUCCCAAAAAGCGUUCCAGUUCUAAGGAAAGGCGGAAAUCAAAAAGUCGUUCUCAUUCUCGGGACAAGAAGAAAGAUAAAGAGAAGGUCAAGGAAAAAGAAAAGGUCAAAGAAAAGGACAAAGAGAGAGACAGGGACAAAGAGAAGGAGAGAGACAGAGAGAAAGAAAGGGAGAGAGAGAGAGACAAAGAGCGAAGUAGGGACAAGGACAGGGACAGAGACAAGGACAAAGAUAGGGGCAGAGACAAAGAGAGAAACAAGGACCGGGAAAGAGUUAAGGACAAGGAGAAGGACAGGGACAAGGAGAAGGACAAGGAGAAAGAUAGGGACAGAGAGAAGGACAAGGAGGUAGAUCAAGACAAAGAGAAGGAAGCAAAACUGGAGAAAGAGGGGGAUAAGGAGAAAGAGGGGGAUAAGGAUAGAGAAAAAGUGAAGGACAAGGAGGGGGACAAAGACAAGGAAAAAGGAGGGAACAAGGAGAAGGACAAAGAAAAAGAGAGAGACAAGGAUGGGGACAAAGAAAAGGACAAGGAGAAGGACCGUGAGAGAGAAAAAGAGAGAUCCAAAGAGAGAGAUGAUAAAAAGAAGAAAGAUAAGAGAUCCCGAACACCCCCCAGAAGUUAUAGUUCAUCAAGAAGAUCUCGCAGUUCCAGCAGAGAAAGGCGUAAGAGGAAAAGCAGAAGUCCUUCCAAAUCUCCAAAAACAUCCAAAACAACAAAGAGAAAGUCUUCCCGGUCUCCCUCACCAAGAAGAAAUAAGAAGGAAAAAAAGAGAGAAAAAGAAAGGGAUUCAAAUAAUGAAAGGAAAGAGAGAGAGCGAUCUACAUCCAAGAAAAAGAGCAGCAAAGAGAAAGAAAGUCGGGAGAGGUCUGAUAAAACCAGCACUACACUAAAGGAUAAAGGUCGCCCUAAAGAAGAUCAGCAUUCUGAGACUGACAAGGAAGUUGACAAAGAUGCACAAAGGACAGAUGAAGUCAAACUGCAGCAAAAUGGGAACUGUCAGCCAAAUGAAGAAAAUCUCUCUAUUAAAAUAGAAGAAGUUUAGUGCUAAGAAUGGACCUCUCGUUUAACUGUGGAUUGAAAUCCAAAGCUUUUUAUUUCCCUGAAAGAGGAAGAAAACUUCAAAGCAAUCAACUGACCAUGUUGAUAGUACUAGUAGCUCUUCCAACUCUUGUGAUAGCUUUGUUGUCUUGCUGUAAAGCAGGAAAGAGCAUGGACCAGUAGUAAGUACCAUGGUAAGGCCAUCAGAACUAUUCAUCCAUGAGAAACCAUGCAUUUCCAUGAUGGCUGUAUUUAUUUGUAAAAUGAUUUACGUUAACUUUCGCCAAGAGCUGUUACAAAAGGAAGUGAAAAUUGAAAGAUGUAAACCUGUACUAUCCAGAGAAGCUGAAGAUCUACAUUGGAGGCUGUUGGAAUACUGUUGGUUGAUAAAUUUUGUAUUGGUUUACCUUGUGGUUUGUUUUGUUUUUUUGUUUUUUAAACAAAACUUCAACAUGUACUGUUUGAUAAUGUGCUUGGAAAUGGUGCAUAAGUAUACACACCUUCCCUUGUUGUACACGAUAACUAUGAAAGAAAGGUUUUUAAACAUAAUAGUUUUACAGUUUGUUAAAUACUCACUGACUAGUAAGUUUUCAUUUGCUCACUGCUUGAGAUUUUCAGUUUUCUUAUUUGGACUUCUUUUCUUAUUUGUAUCCCUAAAAUGAAUAUUUCUUUUAAUUGUAAUUGAAAAUUGCAUGCUACUGUUCUGUACCUAGAAGGUACACUACCUACCAUGUUAUAGAUAAUAAUUUAGCAUACGGAGGGUUUUUUUGUUUCUUCCAAAGGUGAGCACAUUUGUAUGGUAAUAUCAAAACUUCUAGUUUUGUUUUAAGCCAUCUGUUCAGCUGAAAAUGGUACAGGUGCCAUUAUGAAAAUAAACUUUUUUUUUCAAAGUAGGAUAUGGGAGCACAAGCAGAAGCUUUAGUGCCUUCUUAAAAUGUGGUAUACUAUUUUCUAGAAAUGUAUUUGUGCUAUUACUCCUUUUUAUUUAAAUCUUACAUGAUCUUGAUUUAGCUAUUUUACCAUCACUACCCCAGUGGACAAGAAUAUAAGAAGUUUGUCAGAACAGUUAUAUUUGGUUUGCUUGAUGCAAGAUUAAAGCUCCUUUUUUAAAAAAAAGACUUAUAGGUGAACUCAAAAGCUCAGUUAGGGGACCACAAUACUAUAUAGGAUAAAAGCUGAAUGCCAAGCAUUCUCUAAUUUCACCUAAAUCAGAGGGAGCCUGUUAAACACUUUUUCUGCAUUUGGAUGGCCUUAAUCAUUACCUCUCAUUAACCUUCUCUAAUGCUGGUUGUGUGAUCAAAAAGGAAUCAUAUGUAAAGUUUUUUUGAAAAUGAAAGUAGCUUGAAAAGAACAGUAGUCUAAUUCACAUGGGAGUUACAUGGUAGAAAUUCUUUUUCAUUUUUGGACAGUCUUUGGGGAGGGAACAUGUAAGUUAAGAGAAUGACACACAGCAACUAUUUUGUCAAGUAAAAUGUGACUUGUGCUCUCUGAACUAAUUUCAUCACUGUAAGAUUUCUUAAAGUGAUACCUUUAGAACUUGCUUAUACUAAAAUCAAGUAGACUUAUUUUUAAUACAACUUAAUACAAUCAAAUGACUUAAUUGCCUUACCUCAUGGGAAGAGUUAUUUCUAUCAAUAUAAAAACUGAGUAGCAUAUUAGUUCCUUGCUUUCAAUUUGAUUUUCCUUGAUGCAGUCAUAGAAACCUCAACAUUGUAUGGGGAAUGAAAACUUGCCCUCUCUAUAAGGUAAUGAAACCCAGUUUUGAUUGUGAAGCUGCUUAAUCAACUCUUUGUUUUUGUUAGGAUUUAAAGUUUCUUGCCACUGUGUGCAUUUUAAGACUAGAAGAUGCUUUACCAUGUAAAGUAUAAACAGUCAUUUUUGUGAUGAUUAAGCCACAUGCAGUUGGCUGGUAAACAGCUUAUUCUGAUAAAAGAAUGACAAAUCUGUAUGCUAUGGAAAGACUGUGAAGGAUUGUGUCUUGCAACAACAACUGUCUUAUUUAUGACGUGUAAGUAGCGUAGAGCAAAGAGAUUGUUUGUUUGUAUACUUGUUAUCUUUGGUACCAUUUCACUAAUAAAAUUAAGUAUUUUAGAGGGAA